AUGAAGCUUCACCGGUCGAUGCGACAAGCGCUAAUGCUAAUUGCAUUUCUCACCAGUAUUCGUGCUGCCAAGAACACCAACUUCACUUCACAUUACAAUGAUACAUCAUUGAUCCUUCGUGAUAUCUUUGCCUCUUACGACAAGAGAGUAAUACCUUUCACUGAUGGCCCCGUUGUGAUCAACAUGACAAUUGUGCUUGGAAUUCUAGUGGAAGUGAGAGAAAACGAGCAACUUGCUGCUUACGUCAUAUCACAUACCCAACGGUGGUAUGAUCGGCGGUUACGAUGGGAUCCGAACCAUUACCGGGGACAAAAAGAGGUUAUCGUGCCUCAAAGCAUGGUCUGGAUACCAAAAUUGUUUGUCUAUAACAGCCUUGAAUUGAAGGAAAUGCUGACCCCGAAUAGAGCGGAUGUGCGUCUCUAUAGCGAUGGUGCCAUCAAAGUAAACAUACCACAGUAUGUCAGUGCUAUAUGUCGAAUUGAAACCUCGUCCUUUCCAUUUGACUGUCAGUUCUGCGCAGUUGCAUUAGCGUCACCGCUGCUCAACGAUAACGAAAUGAUUGUCGACGCCACGCACCCACCGAAUGAUUCGUAUUUUGCUGGAAACGCUGAGUGGGAUUUAUUCAACGUGACAGUACGGCACAUGAUGUUUGUUGAGGAAGGAGAAAAACGCGUAGAGGUGCAUUACAUUUUCCAUCUUUCUCGGCGUCCAAUCUAUUAUAUCACCGUCAUAGUGGCUCCAACAUUCCUCAUUUCUGCACUAUCUAUUCUUGGCAUCUUUUCACCUGGUUCUAGCGAUGGUCCAAGGAAUGAGAAGGUCUCGCUUGGGCUCGGAAGUCUGCUCGCCAUGACUGUUCUACUCGGGAUUGUUGCUGGCGCCAUGCCAAAGAGUAAUUCGAUUCCACUGUUAGGCUACUACAUUCUCAUAGUAAUUUUACUAUGUGCAGUGGCUGUUAGUAUAUCAAUGGCAUUCCUUGCUAUCAGCCGACAGUACAUCGAAAAAGAUCAAUUACCAUCAAAACGCAUGUUACGCUUCUUGCUUAUACCUGAGUAUCGGAAACGAAGAUCUACGGUCAUCACAAGGAACUCGUACUAUAAUGCAUGCAUUGAUAAAGAAAACAAUGAACGAGUCUCGAAAGUGCCCGAAUUGGCUAUGAUCUACAGCAUCCUUGAAGAGAUCGCAGAUUCCCACAGGAACCUUCGCCGGAAAACGGAACAGAAAUUGCAAAGAAAAGCUGUGCAGCACGAGUGGUCCAGGGUGUUCUCACGUUUUGACUACAUUUUUCUGUUCAUUUUUGAAUUGCUCAAUUUGGCCGCGUUGGCAAUAUUCCUACGUGUCGCAUGGUCACCGACUCCAGAAUUGAGAGAGCAGCUAUUGUAAUUAAGCAC